AUGAUCUGGGUCGUGGGAGCAGGUUUACUUGCAAUAUUCGCAGGAAGAAGCCUCUCGAGAAGGGGAAGGGAAAAAGAUGAUAUCGCUCUGAGUACCGAGGAGCUUCACAAAGCGCCUCCGGCAGUUUUCCUCGAGUGGGGGGACGUGCGAGUGAAAGUUAAAGACAAGCGGCAUCCUGCUGGACGCCUCAUCUUAUCCCAUGCAAGAGGGGUUGCUCGACCAGGUCGAAUUCUCGCAAUAAUGGGUGCUUCAGGUAGUGGCAAGUCCACGCUGUUGCGGGUACUGGCGGGCCGGCUCCCCAACUCUGGUGCUUAUUCCGUUCAAGGUUACUUGCGGAUUCGCAUUCGACAAGCCUCUCAGGCAAGGGAGCUCGUGGGGAAUACUUCGAACACGGGAAAUAGCGGCAGCACUCAAGCUCCUUUUCGGACUGCGUUUAUCGAGCAGGAGGAAAGUUUCUUCUCGCAACUGACAGCUCGCGAGACGCUCGAAUUUUAUGCGGAGCUCUUGCUGCCCCGACGACUCAGCAAGAGCGCACGCCAAGCUUUUGUGGAGAAUCUUAUUUCUGAGCUUGGUCUCGGGCGCUGUGCUGAAACACGUAUUGGUGAUGCUCGGAAUCCUGGUUUGUCUGGAGGCGAGCGGAAGCGCCUCGCCAUCGGCUGUGAGCUUUUUGGUAGCCCGAGUCUCAUUUUUGCGGAUGAACCUACAACGGGCUUAGAUGCGAGUCAGGCGCUAAAAGUGAUGGAGGUGUUUCGAAGACUUGCCGAUGAAAGCCGGACUGUGAUUGUGACCUUGCACCAGCCGAGGAGCAGCAUUCUCGAUCUCAUUGAUGAUCUCAUAAUCCUCUGCGAUGGUGAGAUCGUAUAUGCUGGUGAGUACAGAUUGGCUGCAGAGCACUUUGAACAAGUUCUUGGCCAACAGCGGCCUGCCGAGUCAUCCGUGGCUGAGUGGCUUAUAGAUGAGGUUUCACCAGACCAGCUUCAACCUGAGCACUCACGUCGAAAAGUGUCGAAACUUAUCGCAGCGGUUCCGAUACAUCUUUCGAUCCCGUCUAAUGAACUGGAAGGAACGAAAGCAGUUUCCGAGAGAGCUUUAAAGGUAAGGCUGCGGCCUGUGGUUCCGCUUCGGACACAAGCCCGGUUGCUGUUGCAGCGCGCCUGGCGACAGGUUUCGAGGGACUGGAAAACAAAUUUGGCACGCUUGGGGUCAACAAUUUUCUCAGCGCUUCUUUUCGGAUCGAUCUAUUAUCGCCUCGGUCUCAGCCAAGCCGCAGCUCAAGACAGGCUUGGUCUCUUGCAGGUUUCUACCAUCAAUACAGCCAUGUCUGCGUUGGUUAAGACAUUGUAUAUUUUCACAGAGGAGCGUUCGAUUGCAUCGAAGGAGCGCGCGAGGGGAAUGUAUGAUCUCUCUGUAUACAUAGCGACGAAGCUGUUGGCAGAAGCUCCCAUAGCCGCGGCCUUUCCUGUGCUGUUUGGAAUUUUGACGCACCGUCUCUGUGGUUUGCGAGCCACCCAGGGACGUUUAGGUCGAUUCCUUGGCAUGCUCACGCUCGAGUCAUUCGCCAGCGCGGCCUUCGGGCUCUGCGUUGGCGCUAUUGCACCCACAACUCAGGCUGCAGUUGCAAUUGGACCGGCACUGAUGGUUAUUUUCAUCGUUUUCGGUGGCUUUUUUGUAACAAACCCCCCCUCGUGGGCGCGCUCUAUUCCCGAGAUCAGUCUUAUUCGAUGGGCGUUUCAGGGUCUCGCAGUGAAUGAGCUUCGUGGACUCCGUCUGCAGAAGUCAAACACUGUUGGAGAGGCAGAUACCGGUGAUGCAAUCCUGGCUCGAAUGCAGAUGAAUAACGUCUCUCUAAGCAAAGCGUUCCGGCGGGAGAGCCAAAUUCUCUUGGGGUUGUACGCGUUGACGCUCUCCAUGCUGAUGCUGCGGGAGAAGUUUGCAUCAGAGAGCAAGCAGCUGUUACGUAUUCAGAUAUCGAGUCCCGUGGAUCAAUUUAUAUCUGAGAGCGGCCCUUCAGACACUCGGAAUUGA